AUGGACGUUGUGGGAGAGAUCGUAGAGCGUGAGACGGCACCGGCGGAGGCGCCAGCGCCGGACGGUGUGCAGCCACGGGGGUUUCCUGAGCUGUACCGCCCGGCAGCGAUAUCUAGCUGGCGCCAACGGCUGCAGAAGAAGAAUGGGCAGCGCAGGCCGCCCGCGGCGGCCCUCGCCGCAAGCGAGGCGGAGAAGAUCCACAAGGAAAACAUGGCGUACAUCGAGGGGCUGUCGGAGGAGCAGCGGACGGCAGAGCGCCGCGAGCUGUUAGAGAGCCUGGACCCCAAGGUCGUGCAGGCGUUGUACCGUCGGUUGGAUGCACGUGCAGCAGCGGACGGAACGGCGCCCUUAGUGGCGGAAGUCGAGGGAGCGGCAGGCACGUGGGUGGGCGGCACCCGCGAGGAGCCGAUGAUGCCGCGCCUGGAUGACGCGACCGUCGACGCCGCGCUAGGCGCGCCACAGGCUUCGAUGCCAGAGGCCGCGCCCACGUACGACCUGCCAGCGCCGCUGGAGGAUGCGGACGACAUCGCGCCCCAGGAAUACCAGUUCAUUCAGCAGAUGGACCAUAUGAAGGACGAGGACUUGCUACGAGAUAUCCACUUCGUCCGCAAUGAGACUGUGGCGCCCAGACUGGACAUCAACGACCCCAACUUUGAUGAGCAGCUGCACGAGAAAUACUUUCCGGAUCUUCCGAAGGAGAUAGAUAAGCUGGAAUGGAUGAGGGCAGCUGAGCCUGAGCAGCCUCUUGCGUCUGAGCUCUCGGAUGUUGCGGAAUGCCGCUUCGACUUUAAGGGCCACAUGGUCCCUCCGCACCGGGAAGUGUCUUCCACACAGACCGGCCUUCAUCACCAUUCGGAGAACCCCCAUUUAGCAGGCUAUACCAUUCCUGAGUUGCAACAUUUGUCCCGAUCCACGUUCCCUGCUCAACGUUGUAUUGCUAUCCAGACACUUGGGCGUAUCCUCUACAAACUGGGUAAGCAAUCCUACUACCAGCUGGUGCCCUCAGUGGAUGCAGAACUCUACCAGGAGGAGGGUGGUGUUGAGGGCAUCACUUCAAAGAUAUACUACAUGUUCUGGGAUCUUGUCAAGUCUGCAGCGGUCAUUGAGGCCUUGCAGCUGGCGGCCGAUGAGAGGACCUGCCGUCACCUGAGCGUGCGCAACUACGCGAUCGACGCGCUCUGGCUCUGGCGGCAUGGCGGCGGUGACCCCAGAACUACCGCACGGCCCACCGCUACAUAG